UUUUUUUACUAUUGUUGUAGGUAUUUGAGUGAGUCGCUUAGAUUCCAUUUAUAAUUGUAUUGAAAUUUGUUUUUCUUCUUUUAUAAAAUACGUAAUUUAAAGCUUCAAUAUCUAAGAAUAAUAUAACUCAUAGGAAAAGGUAGUAACAGUAUUGUAAAUCAAAUGGAAUCAAAGUCUACUUUAGCGCUUGAGGAUGGUCUGGAUUUAAAGACAUUAGUAACUACUGGUUCAGUCCUACAGAUAAAUCUAGAUUAUGAUGACACAGAAUAUGUAGCUGAAGCUGAACGCGCAGAGACAAAAAUUGUGGACAUCAUUGGCAAGCCUAUAAAAAAUUUUAAGGAAUUUGAAAAAACAUUAGUUCAUGUAGAUCCAAAAGGGUUUGUCAAAAAGAAAAUUAUUGAAGAAGGUGGAGGUUUCCCGUUGCAUGAAGGUUGCACUGUGUCCAUCGCAUUCUCUGGGUACUGGGAAAAUGAGUUGGAGCCAUUUGAUAUGAAAAGCUGCCGAAAACCAUUGGUGGUUGAUCUAAAAGAUAAUGGGCUAUUACCAGGCCUCCAAACAGCAAUCAUGUCUAUGUUAGUUGGAGAAAUGUCUGUUUUUCUCCUAUCAUAUCAGGUAAUGUAUGGGGAAAUGGGGAUACCGCCUAGAAUCAAGCCUAAAGCUCUAUGUGUGUUUUAUAUAAAGCUUGUGAGGAGUGUUAUCACACCACAGGAAGGUAAAAUUGAUUUUUCUGAACCUAAUAUGUUCAACAAAAUACAUAAGGAAGUAAUGAUGCUAUAUACUUCUGGUGUAACUUUACAUAAAAGUAAUAACACAAGUGCUGCUAUACAGUUGUUUAGAAAGGCUGUAAAUAUGCUGCAUAAGUGCCGUUUGGCUAAUGAAAGUGAAGAGAAAAUUCAAGAAUGUGAGCUUAUUAAGCUAUAUCUUAAUUUAGCAGUGUGCUAUAUCAAAAUCAAGCAACCACUUAAAGCAUGUACUGCUUGUAAUGAACUGAACAGACUAAAUAGUCUUUGGAACAAUGGCAAAGCCCUGUUUCUUAAUAGUAAAGCUCUCAGAAUGAUUGGACAAUUUGAUGUUGCGGAGAAAAGGCUCAAAAGAGCUAUCAAACUUUGUGAAAAUUCUAAAGAUUUAAUUUUAAAAGACUUGAAGAAUGAGUGUGACCUGCUAGAAAGAACACGUAAAUCUUGUGAUCAAACCAAACUUAUUGGAAAAAAAAUUGUUGGUUCUAAUUUAGAAGUAAUAAGUGAGGAGUUCAAGAAAGAAGUGGAUUCAUUAAUAAAAAACUUUAAAGAAAAUGUUAAUAUAUGUAAAUUAACAUUACCUGAAGGACUAAAUACAACAGAAAUGGCAUAUGUCAAAGAUACUUGCAUAAAAAAUAAUUUGUUCUUUAGGAAAAUAAAGAAUCAAGAUGAUGAAUGUGGUGCUGCCACUUUAGCUGAUAGUAAAGUUGAGAAUUUUGCAUUAGAUAAAAAUAAAGACGACGACUCUACGGAAAAUAACGACUUUUCCAACUGCAAAGAAUAAUUAAGAACUUUGCUGCUGUCAGUCUGUAGAAAAGGACAAUCAGAAUUAAGGGGAUCUUGAUAACACCUGGUAAAAUCAUGCAACCCAAGUAAGUUUAUUUUUUAAGGUUCCAAAAAGUUGGCACGAUGCUACCGCUACCGGACUCUUGGAAAGGAUAAUGGACAAAUGGUGAAGGGUAUGUAUCGUGCUCAAUGUAGAUGUGGCGUUAUUUGUACUUUUCAAUGCAAUCAAUAAAUUCUUAUUUUUUGUUAAAAAAAA